AUGCGUUUCAACGCAAAAACGGGGCUAAGAUGGACGUUGCCUUUGUGGACGUUGAGUCCAAGGUGGAGGGGGCAGUUGAACAAGGGGGUCUUCGAGGGUCCCGAAGGAGUGAAACUGCUGUCCCUUGAUGUCCUUCUCUGUACCUGUGUUCAGGUCUGAUUUUCAUGUACAAUACAGAAUUUAAGCCCAAACAAUUAGUGAAGAGGCUUUUUCAGGUGCUUUGUCCAGGGCGAGAGAUCAUAGGGAUAAUAAAGUUGGCACACAUUUGAAAUGGUAUUUUUAGCAUCACAUGAGGCCCUGUAUGGAACCAUUGGGGAAAAUGGUUCAGUGUGUGUGUGGUCCAUGGAGGAGCUGGGCCACACGUCUUCUCUGAGCGACUCUUCGCAGCAGUGUGUGGGAAGCCUGCUCCUCCACUCAGACUGGAGGGGGUGAACCACACUACUCUGACUGGAGGGGGUGAACCACACUACUCAGACUGGAGGGGGUGAACCACACUACUCAGACUGGAGGGGGUGAACCACACUACUCAGACUGGAGGGGGUGAACCACACUACUCAGACUGGGGGAACCCGAGGGGGUGAACCACACUACUCAGACUGGAGGGGGUGAACCACACUACUCAGACUGGAGGGGGUGAACCACACUACUCAGACUGGAGGGGGUGAACCACACUACUCAGACUGGAGGGGGUGAACCACACUACUCAGACUGGAGGGGGUGAACCACACUACUCAGACUGGAGGGGGUGAACCACACUACUCAGACUGGAGGGGGUGAACCACACUACUCAGACUGGAGGGGGUGAACCACACUACUCAGACUGGAGGGGGUGAACCACACUACUCAGACUGGAGGGGGUGAACCACACUACUCAGACUGGAGGGGGUGAACCACACUACUCUGACUGGAGGGGGUGAACCACACUACUCAGACUGGAGGGGGUGAACCACACUACUCAGACUGGAGGGGGUGAACCACACUACUCUGAGAGCACGUUUGGAAAAAUGUAAGUUGUAUAUCCUCCCUAACAGCGAAAGGAAAUAAUAGAUCAUCCUUUUUUACAUGUAUGGUUUCUUUUUCUGUGUUUAAAAUUCUCGAUUGCCUGUCAUAUUUUUCUAGAUUCUCUCGAAAAUUCUAGAUCAAAAAAGCAGAGGACCUAUCAGAGGUGAAGAACAAAUUGGAUGAACUGACUGGCUGUGCCUACUGAGGCUGAAAAUGAUCGUUGUCAAGACAAUUAUGGACAGGGAUGGUGUGGUUGAAUUGGUGGCUCAACAAUUUGUCCAAGGGAGCAUGCAGGUGGCCAACUCUGUUAUAAAUCUAUGUGAAGUACUUGUCAUUACCUCCUCUAACAUAAAUUUUGUUUUAAUCGGUCCACCUCCCUUAACCAAUACACAUCACUAAAUUGUCCUUAACACUUAUUUUUAUAUAUACACAUACGGUCUCUAAACCCUAACAGGUUCAAAUAUGGUCUCAACUCUCUUGGGCUGCUGGAGGCAUUGGGGAACCACCCGGACAGCUUCCGAGCACUUUUUGUGGACCUCAUAAAGCCUCCCACUGCCAGGGACCUUAGGGACCUGUUUAGAAUUGCCAGGGACCUGAAGGACCUGUUUAGAACUGCCAGGGACCUGAAGGACCUGUUUAGAACUGCCAGGGACCUUAGGGACCUGUUUAGAACUGCCAGGGACCUUAGGGACCUGUUUAGAACUGCCAGGGACCUG